GGUACACGACAGCUGCUCCGCUUCUUCGACCAAUAGACGGGAUGAAGGGAGGGAUCGGUGAUUUUGAGCUCGCUUCUCGGAGAUAAGGUCGCACGAGUGCUCAAACAAACAGGGGAAGGAAGCAAGGAAGGCAGGCAAUGGAAGCGAAGCUUUCUAGGAUUUCGCGGACCCUAACCCCUUCUCCCAUCCAAGAGCUCUCCCAUCUCGCCCAGCGAUGCGGCGCCAUCAAUCUCGCCGAGGGCUUCCCCGAUUUCUCUGCCCCUCCUCACGUUAAGGAGGCCGCCAUCUCCGCCAUUAAUGCCGAUCUCAACCAGUACAGGCAUGUGCAAGGCAUCUGUGACCUCUUGGCAGCAACAAUGAGACAAAAUUAUGGUCUUGAUAUAAAUCCUCUUACAGAUGUAGUGAUAUGCUGUGGCCAGUCUGAGGCAUUUGCAGCAGCGAUAUUUGCAGCAAUCAACCAGGGUGAUGAAGUAUUGUUGUUUGAUCCUGCUUAUGAAACAUAUGAAUCAUGCAUCGCUUUAGCUGGAGGAAUUCCUGUCUAUGUGCCAUUGGAUCCACCUUACUGGACUCUGAAUGUUGACAAACUCAUGAAAUCUUUUACCAGUCGAACUAAAGCUGUGGUUUUGAACAGUCCUCACAAUCCAACUGGAAAAGUUUUCAGCAAGGAAGAACUUCAGGCUAUUGCUGGAGCUUGCUGCAAAAUGGACUGCUUUGCUAUUACAGAUGAAGUAUAUGAGUAUAUAACUUUUGACAUGCAAAAGCACAUAUCCAUUGCCACACUUCCUGGGAUGCAAGAAAGGACCGUCAUCACAUCAUCCUUGUCUAAAACUUUCAGCGUCACAGGUUGGAGAAUUGGUUGGGCUUGUGCUCCAGCCAGCAUUGCAUCUGCAAUAAGAAGCAUUCAUGUCAAGAUCACGGAUUCAGCUCCUGCUCCUUUCCAGGAAGCUGCUGUUACUGCACUGCAAAGCCCACCAGCAUACUUUAAAUUUUUAAAAGCAGAGUAUGAGGCAAAGAGAGACUUUGUUGUUCAGAUGCUCUCAUCGCUUGGUUUUCAAAUUCGGUUCAAACCACAGGGUUCAGUUUUUGUAUUUGCAGAGCUACCUGAGAACUGGUUACUUUCUGAUAAAAAUUCCAGAAUUCUACUUGACAGGUGAUGGGAGCGUAAAAUGGCACUUGAAGCAAAUUGUGAAGAUAUUCCUCACAAUGCUGAAAAUGGGAAAUCAACUGGCUCAAAACUUGCACUUUAAGUUUCAGUGGAAUGGAGCUUCUCCGCACCUUUCUUACGUCUCUCUAGUCAAACCCAGCUAGCUGUCUUCAUAAAAUUUGAAGUAUAAUAUAUGGUAGAUGCAAACUUUUCUAGUUCGUUGUGUCUAAAACAAGGGAAAUUAUUAACUUAUUACUAAUUGUUUUAAUAAAGCACAUGAUUAAGCAUAGUUUCUUGUGAAGUUGGACUGAAAUAUCUCUUUUAACUAUUAAAUAGUUCAUCUUCAUGAACUUAAGAUGAACAUACCGUCUUCUUGUUCGUCCUUUUUUGUUUCAUCAUUUCAAAGAAAUGAUGGGAGAUUGCCUGGCUCAAACAUUUGGGGAAACACAUCUCAACAUUUGAACCUGGAAAAAUUCCUCCAAAUGGAAAAGGGUAACAACGGGGUUCUAUCCCAGUUUAGCAUGUGCUGGGAUUAUUCUGGCUGUUCUAACUAGUUUUUUAGUUUUCUUUAUUGGUUCUUCACUAUUGUUUCCUAUCUGAGAUGGAUUUUGAUUCGCAACCUAGCUACAUGUUCUAUGACAACCAGAAAUGGUUGGUGCUUCACUAGUUAUGAUGCAACAAUAAUUGGUUAUCUGGUGAAUACAUCAUUGCUUUGCAGUUAGAAUUCGUCACGGAGUUGAUCGAGAACGCAGGGGUGGCAGCUGUACCUGGCUGUGGUUUCUUUCAUGCAGAUCCUAAUGUUCAGGAAUACCGCAAUAGAUAUGUCAGGUUUGCUUUCUGCAAGAGCGAGGCCACUCUAAAUGCUGCUGCUCAAAAGAUGGGAGAGCUUUGUAAACUGCAGCGGAUGCCUGGAUC